AUGGAGGAAGACAAAAUCAUCAGUUUCCUUGAUUUAAAGCUUGCAAAACCGAUUAUUCGUGCUUUAAAUGAAAACAACUUCACAAAUCCAACAAAAGUUCAGGCAGAAACUAUUCCAAAAAUCCUUUCUGGCCAAGAUAUUUGUGCGACUGCGAUCACAGGCUCAGGUAAAUCUAUGGCCUUCUUGAUCCCAAUCGUUCAAAAACUCCUUACUUUCAGAGGUCUUCCUGGUCCAAAGGCCUUAAUUAUGAGCCCAACAAGAGAACUUGCCCAACAAUUAAAAGCUGUAUGUGACAUGCUUGCAGCACACUGCGCAAUUACAUCUACAUUGGUCAUUGGUGGUGUUUCAGAUGAAGAACAAAGAGAAUUACUUACACCUGCACCAGAUAUCAUUAUUGGUACACCAGGUCGUUUUAUUGACUCCAUUUUCAAUGCCAAAGUCCUUAAACUCGAACAUCUUCAGUUUUUCGUCCUCGAUGAAGCCGAUAGACUUCUCGGAAAAGGAUUCGAAUCACAACUCAACACAAUUGUCAGCCAAUUACCAGAAAAACAUCAGACAUUACUUUUCACAGCUACACUUAACGACCAAGUCGCUAAAUUAGCCACUAAAAUACAGAAAAAGUCUUCAGAAAAAAUUUCAAUCAACCCAUACAUGGAAUUAAACCCUAAUAUUACACAAAUGUUCAUUAAGACCAAGAAAGAAGAGCGUCGUCUUCCUUAUCUUGUUGCUCUUUGCAGAAAUAUGUGCAAAGAUAAAACAUUAGUUUUCUUCCCAACGAAAGCCCUUGCACAUCACGUAUUCUUACUUUUCAAGAACCUUGGCAUUGCUUCCGCCGAGCUUCACGCUGAUCUUUCCCAAACAGCACGUAAUGAAGCAAUUGAACAGUUUAGAGAGUCAAAAGUACAAUAUUUACUUGCUUCAGAUCUUGCAGCACGUGGUAUUGAUAUUCCUGAUAUUGAAUACGUUAUUAACUUCACAAUUCCAAAUGAAUUAGAAAGAUACAUCCACAGAACAGGUAGAACAGGCAGAGCAGGCAAGAAAGGCACUGCCAUCAGUAUGUAUGUCACUCCAGAAGAGAAAAGAGUCAUGAAAAAGAUGCAGAAGAACUCUCCUGGCGAAGUUCAGUUCAUGACCAUCCCAGAUAACCUUAGAGACCAAGCGUUAGAGAGUGUGAAACAGUACGAAGAACAGAUCGAAGAGGAAAAGAGGAAGGAAGAAGAAGAAAAGGAAAAGAGAGCUGAAAUUGCCGCAGAAAAGAGAAUGAAGGCAAUGCUCGAUAUCGAAGAGGAAGUUCCUCAAAAGAUGCCUGGUGAAGAUGCUUUCAAGAGGCAUAAAAAGAAUAGAAAAUAA